AUGAGUUCUAGACAUUCAUUGCCUAUAGUCAUCCUUAGAACUGCUUUCAUAACUCCAUUGUUUAUAUUAGGAUGUUUAAGCAUUGUGGUAACUCAAUUUUUAACAUUAUUGAUUUUUAAAACCAACCCUGAUGUGAAACAAGCAAUUAUCAACAAUACAAAAAAUCAUUUCGUUAUUUUAUUGACCUAUAUUACAACAAUUGUCAAUCCAUGUGAGAUAGAAUUAACUAUAGAUGAAUCUACUGUGCCCAAUUUUGACCAUUUCACGGUAGAUGGAUCAAAUAAUUUACAUACCAUGUUUCAACCAAAUUCAAUUUUAAUUUCCAAUCAUCAAAUAUAUACCGAUUGGUUAUUUUUAUGGUUUUUAACUUAUACUUCUAAAUUUGGUAAUUCUGUAUUUAUAAUAUUGAAAGAUUUAUCGAAAAUUCCUGUGUUAGGAUAUGGGAUGAAGAAUUAUAAUUUUUUAUUCUUAAGUAGAAAAUGGGAAAAAGAUAAAAUUGUUUUAACAAAUCAAUUAUUAGAAAUUGAUGCUAAUGCAAGAGGAUUGGGACCAGCCAAUGGGGUUGAAUUGGUAAGUACCACAGAGAAAGAAUUUACUAAAUGGCCUCAAGGUUCUAAUACCAAUAAAAUUUGGCCAUAUGAAUUGAUAUUAUUUCCAGAAGGUACAGUUCCUUCAGAUCGUACAACUAAGAAAUCAGCUGAAUUUACGGCAUCUAGAGGAUUACCUCCUUUGAAACAUGUAUUAUUACCUCGAGUAAGAGGUUUAUUUUUAGCUUUGAAAAAAUUGAAAAAUUCCGUGGAAAUAGUUUAUGAUAUAACUACAGCUUAUUCUGGAUUGACUGAAGAUCAAUAUGGAGAAAUUGAAUAUUCUUUGAAAAAUUUUUAUGUGAAAGGGUAUGGACCACCGAAAAUUAAUUAUUAUAUUAGAGGAUGGAAAUUAAAAGAUAUUCCAUUAGGUAAAGACGUUGAUGAUAUUGAUAAUAUACCAGAAGAAGAUUUAAAGAAAUUUGAAGAUUGGUUAUUAAAGUUAUGGUAUGAUAAAGAUAGAUUAAUGAAUAAUUAUUAUAAAUUUGGUAAUUGGGAUGGUACUGAGGAACCAAAAUAUAAAACAAAAUCUAUCAUUGGUGGUUUCAAAUUAAGAAACCAAUUUGAAAUCUUCUUACCAUUUCUAGUUACAAUUGCUACAAUUUUAUUCUUAAGAAUUGCUUAUAUUUUAAUUAGACGAAUUAUUGUAUAG